AUGCAGGCCCAUCGAUUGCCCUUCACAGAAGAUAGAAUUUUCAAGAUGUUCCUGGUACUCUCUACACAUGUGCUUUUCAUCUACAUCAACAUGGUAAUGCUGGUUAUAGUAUGGAGCAAGUCUGUCUUCCGUGGCACAGCCCGCUACAUCCUCUUUGCACACAUGCUUUUCAAUGAUACACUCCACUUGGGCAUCGGACUGGUGCUAUAUCUACUGGGGGCUUACUACCUGACUGUAGUUCGCGCUGCCUGUGCCUUUAUUGUGUUACUGUCAGCCUGCACCUUCACCAAUGCACCACUUAACCUGGCUGUCAUGUCUUUGGAGAGGUACACAGCCAUCUGCUUUCCACUGCACCACAGUGAGCUGGCUACGCCUAGACGUACACAGGUUGCCGUGCUGCUGGUAUGGGCACUUGGUUGCAUCAAUGUGAUAACUGAUGUUGUCACUCUCUUCCUCGCAGAGCCAUCCUUCUUUUUGUCACCUGCAGUGUGCACCAUCGAGCAGCUGCAGAUGAAGCCAUGGCAGAGGCAUAAAGGUGUGGUGCUCAAUGUGCUGUUGUUUAUCACGGUGGCUGCUGUCUUGCUCUACACGUAUGUGGCAAUCAUGUUAGAGGCGCGCUCAGCCUUGUCUGACAGCUCCUCUGCCCGCCGUGCCCUGCAUACUGUGCUGCUGCAUGCCAUACAGCUAGGACUGUCACUCAUGUCCUUCCUUUACGUGCUACUUGAGUUUCUCCUGGCCAUGCUCCCCAUUGGCCUCUACGCACACCUGCGCUUUGUCAAUUUCUUUGUGGUUCUUAUCUUGCCACGCUGUCUGAGCUCACUUAUCUAUGGUGUAAGAGAUGAGGCAUUUAGACCCAUUUUCAGAAAGCAUUUUUUGUGUGGUGGUUUAAAAAAGGUUGGACCAGGGAUUCCCAUGAAAACCUGA